GAUUAUGGAGUGUAUCGUAAAAUCGUCGACUGUAACUGCGUUUCCACUGAAGCGUCCACAAUAGUGUCAGCCAGUUUGAUAAUAUUCUUUCCUUUGAUGAAUAUUCUUUUUUCCGAACAUUAUUAAUUUGCAUUUGCAAUUCAGAUUUAGAUAGUCUCAGAUAGACUUGAGACUUGAGACUCACCGGUUUUACCGGCCCCAUCAGAUCUAACCAAGAUUAAAACCGUUUCAGCCAAAACUCCAACCAUUUUUAACCGACAUUUCUUUCACUGAUGAAACGGUUCCAGCGAAGCCAUGUUAGAUGUCGCUAUCGAGCGAUCUAGCAGCUGAUCGCUGACCUAUCACCCCGAAAUUUCUUGAUUUACUUGGUGUGUGGCUACAGCAAGAAAUAAGCGGGGUUGAUUUUGUCGAGAACGUUUCUGAAAACUAGAGACCUCAGACUCCAUAACAUUUCCUGAACCGUCUUUUUACUAUAUUAUUCCGGUGAAAGUUACAAAGACAGAUAAAUUCGUGGACGAAGUGAGAACAACUUUUAAGUAUGCCCGAUACUGUAGCAGAAGCGUUGCAGUUGUUGUGUCAAUGUAUUCAGUCGUUGAUCCACGUCAAAAUCGAACCUGAUGAUCUUAUAUCAGCCUACCACGACAAUGUGGAUCACGAGGUUAAAUGCAAGCUGUGGGAUACAUUGUCGAUUUUGAGUGAUUACGCUGCAAGACUGAGAGGAUAUCACGAUGUUACAAAUGAUUGCCAUGUUAGCAUCUUAUUGAGAUUUGCAAUUUUGCGCUACCCAGCGUUCGAAUUUUAUGUUCCGCAAGACAAUGGAGGAAAUAGAGUCUUACUCAUAGCCUUAGCUUGGCUAUUGGCGACUGAGGAUGUCUUGACUUUGAUUCAACGAAUGAAACUCACCAGCACUGCUCGGCUCGACAGUUUAGACGAUAUUUUACAAACGAAGAGCCGUGCUCCUUUAUCGAUAUCCGAUGAACUUCACAAAAUUACGCACUUGAACGGCAAAGUGAACAUGAAUCUUCGGGAAAUUUCCGAAUUGAAACGAGAAUGGAGCAGAUUGGCGUCACAGAUAGGCGAGGUGGGUGUGAGACGUUUUAGAAGUAAAUCUGCCUCGUGUCAAUAUCUUCCGGACUUGAAAGCGUGCGAGAUUGCGUUAACGAAACGUAUAGUGUUGCUGGAUGGGAAAGGUUCUGCCGAGGAUCAGCAGAAACUGCGGGAAUUUAAUGACGCACAAGAGCUGCUCAAGAUUCAUACCAAAUGGCUGGAAAUACGGCACGUGUUUUUCGAUUGGAUGACCGACGUGAUUCCGGAGCACACCACGAAACCCUAUUCUAGCAAGAUGAUAAAAGGAGAACUCGAAUAUUUUGCUUCAUAUUUGCGUCACGUAAUUGAAGGACGAUGCAGAUAUUUGGAAAUGUUUAGGAAAACGUUGCCGUUCGAAUCGCGAGAAAACACCAUAGAUCCACCAUCACGCUUAAAAAAAAGUCAGGGUAAUAAUACUGAAGCUCAGAAGUGUUUAAAUGAAAUAACUAAAUUUAUGAUUGUUGAAGAGGAUUCUCUACAAGAAUGCGAGAAGCAAUUGGCAGCCGAGUUGAAAGAAAUAUUGAAACGAAUACCAUUUGUUUAUAGUUUAUAAAAAUUAUUAUUACAUCGUCCCAGCUUUUUUAAAAAAGAACUUGUACGACAGUACAUUAAAAGAGCUAUUUUUAUCGUA